AUUUGGCCUUGCCAUUUCCGGCUGUCAAACAGCGUGAAGUUUGCAACGAUUUUGCAGCAAACCUCAAUUGGGGAUUGAUAUUUGGUACUUGUACAUUCAAGUAUGGCUAUUCUUGGUGCCCAGCUGGUAUUUAGCCUGAUUGUGUUCAGCUUCUUGCAGAAACUUUCCUGUUUCUACUCACUGGGAAGAUGGUUGCUUGCAGGACGUUUGGUUCGCUACCUUCAUCCAUCGGACGAAGACUUGCGCAAAGCAGCAGGUAUAGCACCAUCAGGUUCCAACAAGUCCAACUCAAAGUCUCGAAGGAACAAUGCAAAGAAAGGAACCCUUCUGAAGGAUGCUGAUGAAACCUUCACGAUCCCCUGCAACACUCCCAUGCAGCUUGAUACAGCCCCAGUUCAUGCCAUCGAUCUUGUUCACCUUCAUUAUUACAGUGAAUACUUAUGGAUUGUAGACUUUUCCCUGAGUGCAGUAGUGGUGUACGUGCUUACGGAAGUCUAUUACUUAUUUAGAGACACCAAUGAAAUGAACAUCAGCAUCUUGUGGUGCCUGCUUGCUGUCGCUUUUUGCGUUAGGGUGCUAAUUAGCAUGACAGCUGAUUAUUUUAAGGCAGAGGACGGCGGUGAGAGGAUUCUCAUUUUUACCUUUGGCUUCUUUUGUCUUGUAUUGUCAAUGGGAAUUCUGGUCGUUGAUGAAAGUGUCCUUGAAUUUGGACUGGAAGCGGGUUAUGAGAACUUUUCCAGUGGGGCAGUUAAGCUGCUGAAGGUUCAAGGCAUAGAGUCUGCAGGUCCAGUAGAGUUUCUUACGUUCAAAAUUAUCUUGGCGUUCUUUUGCGCCUUUAUUGGUGCUUUAAUGACUUUCCCUGGAUUGAGGACUGCAAAGCUCUAUAUUGAUGCACUAAAAUACUCAAGGGAGACUAGGUUCAAACAGGUGCUGCUCCAUCUGAACUUUGCCUUACCAUAUUUGAUGUUACUGCUAUGGAUAAAACCACUGGCCAGAGAUAUUCUUUGUGGUCUGAACUGGAAAAUAAAGACAAAAGUGUUUACAGAGCCAGUGUUUGAAAAUGUUAGAAUCUCCAUGUUUGUGGUGCUUUGUGUACUACGCCUAGCGCUUCUUCCUACCCACAUGCAGUCUCAUCUUAACACCGCCCAUAAUAAAAUUGAAAGCUUAAACAAGGAGAGCGGGAGGGUCAGCAAUUCGGACGUAAAGAAGUUGGUUGCUCGCGUUUUCUACUUCAUCAUAGUAGUAGCCGUGCAAUAUGUGGUUCCUGUCUUUGUACUGCUCUUCCUUGCCUUCAUGUACAAGACUCUAGGCCAGUUCUCGUGGUCAGGCAUCUUCGGAGAGAGGGCCGAGCAGUUUGCAAUGUCCUACCAAUGGUCAGCCCCGGUUGCUGUUCAAAAACCUGCCAACGCCUCAGAAACUCUGGUGGAAACGGUGAGCGAGUUCACAUUGGUGUUCUCUGAUCUUCGGGCCGUGUUUACGCCAGUGUUCUACAAAGGAUUGCUCUCGUUUCUCACCUGGUGGACAUGUAUGUCAUGGACCCUGGCCAUGACCUUCGGCCUCUACUAUCACACUAGAGUGGACAAUUGAAUGGCGAGCUUUUAGUUUGAGCCACAUUGUGGGAAAACUGGGCUUAAUGCAUGUGCAGGCAAAUCAUGAUCGACACAUGAUCGUAAUUGUUGUCCCUGAUUUGCCUGUGCAGACUGCACAGGCUAAUCUGGGAUUGCACGUUACGCACAUUCAUUAAGCCCGGUUUCCCAGAACAAGGCUCAUUUUGUUAUGAUAUCAAUUAAAGGAAUGAUACUCAUACCUGUUGUUUGACAUUACAACUGAUUUCUCAACCCAACACUUAAAGGCAGCAAUCCAGUAUUCAGAUUUUGUUAGGUGUGAAUUGCUUUGAUUUGUUAUGUAUGUAUGUAUGCAUGUUAGGACUGCUGCUGAGAUGUUUAUGAUUUUUAGGUCCCCAUAAUUAACCUGAUACUUGGGAACUCUUUUCAAGUAAAUUGCUUUUUUCUAUUAUAUCACUUGGUCUUGUUUUAGUUGCAAUACUUCAACUCUUAGGUUUAUAACCCAAUGUGUUGCUGAGAGCUGCAAUGCGCUCUCUCUUGUCCAUGGGUGCAAAAUGUUAUCAACAAUGCAAGGGUUAUGGAACACUGAAUCUGCAAGAACUUAUUAAAGUUUACCUGUCUAAACCAUAAACUCAUCCAAAUGGUACCAUUAAAGCAAGAAUAAUUGCUUUUUAUUGACUUAGUUUUUCUUUCGUACGCUGUAUCCACCAUAUUGGAAAAUUGACCCAAUAUUGGUAAGGUCGCAGUUCACCAAUAUUUUGCACAUCGGGUUAUGUGAUUAAGCCUAUUAAAGUCGAUAACGAUGUGGUAUUCGAUACAGAAUACACUGUUUCAAAUUGAAAAAUAAAAAUGUCAGGGAGAAAAGUGUGUUGAGACAUCAUCGUGUUUUUAUAGGGUGCAUGCAAAGGAUAACAUUUGUAGGUUGCCAUUCAGGUAAAUUUAACAUGUUUAUGAAGUUUAUUCAUUAUUUUCCUCAAUUUGUCUCGAACGACGUCUGUUUAGUGAAGCGCGCGGAUUCCAUGCACUGAACUGCACCAUGUUUAUAAAGUGGUGCAUAUGGACUCCCAGAGCCGCCAUAGCAAAAAUUAUCAAAGGCUCUGGAAGUCCGUUUAUAUGGACUAGGUUUUGUUUAUGCAUAAAGUAAAUGACAAUUAUGCUAAGUUAGUAAGAUAGUCUGUUAUCUAUUUGAUGGAAUUCUAGUUCAAAAACUUAUAAUUGUGUUAAAACAAUACUUUAAUAAAUAUCAAUGAAUAUUUUAAUAAAUAUCAAUUAAUAUUUGGUCAUGAAGGGCUGUAUCAGAUUAAUUUUGGUAAGCUAUAUUGCCUAUUGGUAGACAUGUUUCAACAAUGUUACAUAAUAAUGUUGAAAUCUCAUAAAUUCAAGAUAUCAAAAGAUAUUCACUUAUUGCAAUAGUAUGACAAUUUGUUAAAGUUUAGAAAGAACACAUAUUUGCAGGUUUCUAUUGUGGAAGAAAUGUUUUUAAUAUAUACCACAUUUAUUAUUGUGUAUGUUACCAUAAAUGUAUAUAGCAAACAUGGCUAGCCUAUAACAGUAAAAGAGCAAUUAAAUAUUAUUGGAUUACAAACGUGUUUACAAUAAAAAGAACAUGAUUAUAUGAAAAAAUAUUCAAUUUCGAUUGUCAUUGUAUUAUGUUCUUUGUAGUUUGUAUCUUAUAUUAUACAUUAUGCAACCAUUUUAUUACUGCCAAAUAAUUUGAUUAAUUGUGACAGAUACACAUGAAAUCACAUGUAUAAUAAUGUUUAAUUAGUAUUUUAAGUUAUUGGUAAACGCUAUGUCAGGAUUGCAGAAUAUUUGUGAAUGUUUUUGCAUCUAUGAUGUAUAUAUGUGCUGGAAUUAUAUUAACUUGUUUAACAUUUUUUACUAUAAUAACAUUUAAAGAAAUUAAUUACCAUUUUUCACUGACUUUCAAUAACGAAAAGUGUAAUAUUUAAUACACACUUAUGUAAUCAAUUGCAAAAAAGCUCUCAAAGUUUCAUUCAACAAUCAGAUAUGUGCUUUGUGUACCUUGUAGCUGGAAAAUUAAGCAAGUUAAACUUAAAGUACGACAUGAUUUAAAAAAAAGAGCUUAUGAGCUUUUGUUUUGUAAAAACUACUUCAUUACUUACAUUUUGUUUGCUGAUGCCCAGUUUGUGCCUACAUGAACAAAGCAUAAUAAUGCAGUUUUUUGUUUGUUUUACAACCCAAACUGGUGUAGUUGUUUUCAUGAUGUGGAACAGCGUGUGUGAGUAUGCAUUAGAGUUUUUUUUUAUCUUAGUGCAAUCUAGUCAUAGCAUAAAUGUAUGUAAGGAAACAGAUGCACCAACAUUCUGCUUUUGUCUCAAAUCUUCACAAAUGUUUGAAACCAAACUGAACCAAAGUAGGAAGGUGUGCAAGGUCACAUGUAAUAUGUUUUGUUAAGUUUCAGAAGCUAGACGUAAAACUUUUUGAGUGACACACAACAAUGUUUAAAAAGGGUCGAUAAUUCCAGUUGCUUUGAAAACAUCCAAACCAAAUUAUGGAGGUGUGCAAGCUUACAUGGUAUAUAUGAGUUGUGUUCUUAGAAAACUGGGAAUAAUGCAUGUGCUUAAAACUUCGUCCCAGAUUAGCCGGUGCAGUCCACACAGGCGAAUCAGGGAUGACACUUUCGCCCUAAAUUGGAUUUUUGCGAAAAAGUUGACUUCAUUUAAACGAAAAAUGUCAUAAAAGCGGAAAGUGUCUUCCCUGAUAAGCCUGUGCGGACUGCACAGGCUAAUCUGGGACAACACUUUACACACAUGCAUUAUACCCAGUUUUCUCAGAACACAACACAUGUUUAAGCCUUCUACCAGCAAUACUGUCUCUGUAAAGAGCGACUCCAGUUUUUUUUCACUAAAAAGGGACCAUAAUCCCAAGUGACAAUGAAAGAUUUCAGACUUACAUUUAUGUUUUUUUUCAAGAAUCUGAUUAUGAUAAUAAUUAAAAAUAUCAUGUAUCUUGGCAUACUUUAAUACAAAAAUUAACAUAAUUUAAUUAUUUAAAACACAGAUAUGUAAACAGUUUUGACAGUUUUAUCAGUGAAUAUACUUUGUGUUCUAUUAAAGUACUGGUAAUUAUGCUACCCCAAAAUUUAUUUUGGGGGGAGCAUAUAGUCGCCGCUUCGUCUGUCCGUCCAUCCGUCCUUGCACAAUUUUUGUCUGGGCUAUUUCUCAGCAACUAAUGACCGGAAUUCAAUGAAACUGUAUGGGAAGCUUCACUACCAAUAGGAGAUGUGCAUGUUAUCAGCGGGUUCUGGUCGGAUGAUUUUUCACAGAGUUAUGGCCCUUUGAAAUUUUCUAUAAAAAAAGGUAUUGUCCCCCAUACUGCUGUGCCCUCAAGAGGUUUCCUUUUAUCUGAAUAUAUAGUGCAAUAUAUUGUGACAAAAAAACAACCUUUGGGGAGCAUCACUCGUCUCUGAAGGUUUCUUGUAUUCUGUCUGUUUCGCUACAAAAUUAAGCAUACUUUUAUAUCUCAUAUUAAUGCCUUUUGAUCAGGGACAAAUAUGUGAGAAAACUGAUGGCAUGAUGUUUAAAUAUGUUCCAAAGUUAUGUCUUUUUACAUGCAUUUUGUUUUUUAACCAACACAUUUUAUGUUAUUUAACCUAUUGAAACUGCUCGUUACAUUGUGUUUUCAACUGUUUUGCUUAUCCUGAUUUUGUACAUUAUUCAACAACCCAUGUUUGCAUUUACAUGUAAUUAAUCGGAAGUGUUCCUUUGAAAUAAUAAAUCUAGAAAUAUA